GUUUUUGUCUAUUUCUUCAGAAACGUGAUCGUUAAAACGUUUAUAACACUUUGUCAUCAAAAAUCGAGCUAGUUCGGGGCAUUUAUUUUGAUAUUCUAUUGCUGCACUUUGAAGAAAUGUUGAUGUCUUGGUGGCCAUAUUGUAAAGGUUGUAUGACUGAUCUCAAAUGACUACUACGUCUGGACUGCUCAUAACGUACCAUACAGUUUGACAAAAUUUCAGUUAAAAACGGCAAAGUAUGAAAAGUCUGCAUGUUACAUAACAUGUGAUGGAUGCUAUGUAUUUUAGAAAAUGCUACAAUGAGUAAAAUAGCUGCAAAAAUGUUUAAUGGAAAAAAUUAAAUCCCAAAUUCACAACACUGGACGCGUCAUCUGCUCACCAUGUAAAAGACUGGGGACUGCAGAUAUCAACACAGAAUAUGGCGGCGAAGAUGAACACAAGUGUUCAUCAUUCUGCGAACGGUCAUGUAGAAAUGACAGAAGACACGACAUCACUGAAACAAGAAAGAGUUGCAAUAUUGGAUGCUGGAGCUCAAUAUGGAAAAGUCAUUGAUCGACGAAUACGGGAACUAAAAGUUGAGACAGAUUUUCUACCUCUUGAGACGACAGCCUCUGUAAUCAAACAGAGAAAAUACAAGGCUAUAGUAAUCUCAGGUGGACCUGGUAGUAUAAAUGACACAAAACCAGUAUUGUGUGAUCCUCACAUCUUUGAAUUAGGAAUUCCUAUCUUAGGAAUCUGUUAUGGCAUUCAGUUGAUAAACAAAAUCUUUGGUGGAGCAGUUGAGAAAAAAACUUCAAGAGAGGAUGGUCAAUUUAAAAUAUCUGUUGAUACAUCAUCACCAAUAUUCAGUGGAUUAUCAUCAACUCAAGAUGUGUUACUUACACAUGGUGAUACAGUCACACAAGUUGCACCUGGUUUUAGAGAGAUUGCCAAAUCAGGAAAUCUUGUUGCUGGUAUUGAUAAUGAAGCUAAAAUGAUAUAUGGAGUACAGUUUCAUCCUGAGGUUGACCUCACUGUACAUGGUGUGGAUAUGUUUAAAAAUUUUCUAUUUAAAAUAGCAGGCUGUUCUGGCCAAUUUACAAUGGAUUGUAGGAUUCAUUCUUGUAUGGAUGAAAUUAAGAAAAUAUGUGGAUCAUCAAAAAUCCUUUCUUUAGUCAGUGGUGGAGUAGAUUCAACUGUUUGUACAGCAUUAUUAAGUCAAGCUUUAGGUGCAAGCUCAGUGUAUGCGGUUCAUAUUGAUAAUGGCUUUAUGCGUAAAAACGAAAGUGAACAGGUCACCCAAUCUUUAUCUGCAUUAGGACUCAAGUUAACAGUAAUCAAUGCCAGUCACACAUUCUACAACGCUAAAACACUACAGAACUCCAGUGACAUGGAUUAUCCUGUAAAAAGAUGGUAUUCACAAACUUUAAACAAUUCUUCAGAUCCAGAGGAGAAACGUAAAAUCAUUGGUGAUACUUUUAUACAGGUUGCUAACGAUGCAAUAAAAGAACUUAAACUAGAUCCUAAAACUACGAUGUUAGCACAAGGAACUUUACGACCAGACCUUAUAGAAAGUGGUUCAGCAAUGGCCAGCUGCAAAGCUGACGCCAUCAAAACACAUCAUAACGAUACGAACCUUGUCCGAGCUCUAAGAGAACAGGGAAAAGUUGUUGAACCAUUGAAAGAUUUUCAUAAAGACGAAGUUAGGGAACUUGGCGUACAACUUGGGUUACCGAGGAAUCUCGUUGAUAGACACCCAUUCCCUGGUCCUGGUCUUGCAAUACGUGUUAUCUGUGGUGAGAAACCUUAUCAUAAGGAUGAUUAUGCCGAUACGAAAUUGAUUGUAACGACUAUUGUGAAUUAUUCAGAAAGUUUAACGAAACCUCAUACGUCAUUGAUAGCCAUCAAAAAUGCAUCAUCGCCUGAAGAACAAGAAUUCAUGAAGUUUUUUAGUGAUAAGUAUAAAGUAACGGCUACACUGCUGCCCAUAAAGACUGUGGGCGUUCAGGGUGACUGUCGUACAUACAGUUAUGUUGUAGCUCUAUCAAGCGAUGAGAAUGUUAGUUAUAACGAUUUGAUGACGUUGGCAAAGUUGAUUCCCCGUAUUUGUCACAAUGUUAACAGAAUUGUGUACGCGUUUGGUGGUCGUAUUCAUUAUCCUAUAAAUGAUAUUACACCAACGUAUUUGUCGACUUGUGUUUUGGAUUUGAUUAAAGAAGCUGAUUAUAUCGCUCGAAAAGUUUUACGGGACUCAGGUCACAUGAAGUCCUUGAGUCAAAUGCCUGUAGUUCUUAUUCCCGUUCAUUUUGACCGCGAUCCGUUGUCAAGAAUACCUUCGUGUCAGCGGUCUGUUGUGAUAAGAACAUUCAUAACAAAUGACUUUAUGACAGGAGUCCCUGCUACGAUUGAUAAAGAAAUACCAGAGCAUGUAUUCCUUGAAAUGGCGAAACAAAUAAAGAAAAUUCCAGGAAUAUCACGUGUACUUUAUGAUUUGACAGCCAAACCUCCUGGAACUACUGAAUGGGAAUAGAUUAUUAUGACAUUAGAUGGUUUAUCAUAUAUUAUAUACGACGAUUAUGCAUGUUUAGUUUUGUAUAUUUUCUUAUAUUUUUAAAAGAUGUUUUUAUGGUGUG